AUGUGGCUGGUCAAACUGCUGACCGCGGUGGGCGUCGAAGCCGCGGCACACCAAUUCCGCUGCUGGGGACGACACAUCACACUGACGACGCUUAUCUUGGGCGUCGCCCUGGGCAUCUCGGAGGCAAUCCCCGACAACUCGGCCAAAGUGCUGCUAGUGACCGGGGCCACCGGGGUGUGCAUGCCAGACUUCAAGCUUUGUGUUUGCAGCACCCGGUGUCAGCGCCGGCUCAAAGCGGAGCUGAUGCGGAACUUGUCCCUGCACGGAGGAGACGUCUCCGUGCACUCGCAGUACCGCGGCCACGUGCUGCUCAAGGAGCUUCAGAACCUGGCCGUGCCUCUGAAAGAGGCGCUCCCCCCCCUGGGCCCCAACUCCGAAAACGGCCCCCCCAACGUGCUCGAGUAUCGCAAAAAGCCCACUUACCCCGGGGCGUUCGGGACGCUGUACGAGGCCGUCACGCAAGUGGGCGCCCCGCUUCUAGUCCUCGCCGUCGGCGUCUUCUGCAGCGUCGCUGCGCUGACAACCAUCAACACACUGUAA